AUGUCAAACCAUCGCCUUCCCCCCGUGGCCGAGCACACCGAGGCUGUCACCGAUGACGACGACUCGGACUGGGAGGACGAGGCCGAGUCCACCGAAGCGGCCCGCACCGAGUCCGAGGUGUCUGACGACAUGGACGAGGAUGAGGACUCUGACACCGACACCGACACCGACACCGACGCCGACGCCGCUGACCACGCUCACCCCCCGCCGGCCUACGAGCACCACGACGAAGGCGCUUCCCCCGAGCACAACCCCGAGACCUGCCUCAAGCGCUUCCUCCACCUCAAGGACGAGGGCUUCGUCGCCCGCGAAGGCUUUUUCGCGUGGAGGGGCAAGACCGUCUUCGGCAAGCUUCGCGACGGCGUAAUUGAGGUGUACCGCCAGCCGUUGGCCGAGCUCGUUACCACGGGCCACAAGGACAUUGAUACGAUCGGUAUCAACCUUUUCGCGUUCGACAGGUCCAACGAUCAGGACGUCCAGUCCGGGCUUGCUUGGAAGGCCAUGAGCAGCAUUAAAAACACUGGAAACACCGACCGCCUCGCAAUCAUUGAUGGUCCCGCCGACGGGCCCGAGUGGAACAAGAAUGACCCGCGCUGUGUCAGUGCCAAGAGCCAGGGUCUCAUUCAUGCUUCAGGCCUGGUCAUCCCCAUGCCGUGCCUCGCCUUCGCCGAGGUGUACGACGGCAAAACUGUCAUCGUCAGCGCGUGCCUCUACUGCCAGGUCAGUGGCAAGAUGUGCGAUUUCGUCGUGGGCAAGUACCAGGUCCCCACGAAAGAGAAGGUCGCCCUCGUCAACCGCGCCGAGCUCGUCGCCCGCAUCAAGGAGAGUGCAGACCGCACGGCCGCGUUCGCCAACCAGUCCGUCAUCGACUGCUGCCACCGCAGGGCCAUGGACGAGGUCGCCAUGCACCUCAAGUGGGUUGCCCAGCAGCUCGAGGCCGCCCACGCCCACAGCGAGGCUCAGUCGUAG